CAUCAUCUUCUACAGCGCCUUUUGGUUGGCCAUGUCCAAUUCGUGUGCCAACCCGAUCAUCUACGGGUUUACUAACGACAGUUUUAGGGUACGUCUUAAUGGCAUUUCUCUUUGAUAGAACAGAUCAAUAUUUAAACAUUCUCCCUCCAUAGUACAAGAUGUAUAUAUUUAUCCACCCACACCUUUAGCGCGCUGGCCUGCCUAAAUAUACAAGUUUACAGUUAACAAAUGUUGAUGUGAUUAUGUUGCAUUGGUAGAGAUGUUAUCAUUUUUUUUCUGGGGCAUCCUGUAUAUAUAUAUAUAUAAAUAUAUAUAUUAUACUACUCAUUUUAUAAUCUGUUUCAUUUUUUCAGGCAGACAUGGCCGUGCUUUGCUACUUUUGGUUCCCGUUUUGCCAUUGCAUGAAAAAACUCGCCAAUAGGAAGCUCAGCGUGUCCACCAAUGACUCUGCCUACAACAAAAGAUUCAGCACAAUGAGGAAAACUCAGAGCUCUUCAUACAGACAAGGAGUCUACAGAAACGGCAGUAAAGUCUACAUUGAGUUACGAAGAGACAAUAUGUCCAGGGGCAGGAGUCUGGGCAGCAUGAACGAGUUUUACAGGGAGACGCUGGAUGUCGAGCUCAGGGACAGCUACAGCAACGGCCUGUGUGGCAGAUGCUGCCACCUUCAUCAUUCGUGCAAUCCAAAGAGCCAACAUCUCAGUUUUAUCAACGGUGGUGACUAUAGGUGCUCCAUCAACACCCAUUCACAACCAGCGUUGCACCGGUCGGUGAGCGGCAGCAGCGCCCUCUCGACUUCAUCGGUAAACAAUAUUGACCUUGACCAGUCCAUUUAUUCAACAACUGACGACAUUAAGGUCCCUUACUCUCAAGAAUCUCCUACCACUUUGGCCAGGGAGUUCUUGUUCGUGUCAAGGAUGGACGAUACCAGUUCCGGGUCAUACAGACUCAAUCCUUUACCCGAGGUAGAGAUGAGUGACAUUGCAGAAUUCAAUUCUGCGUGAAUUUUGGUUAGAGUACAAUAUGACUAUUGCAAUUCUAAAUAUUUAAAAAACGCCUGAUUUAUGCUGUGAACAGUUUUCAAUA